AUGCAUGACCGCACCUCUCCUGAUCCAGUAACAUAUCUUGGCUAUCCCAUAUGCUCCAGUUUAUCCCAACGCAACCUCGCUUUCCAGCAACUCUACAACAAUAUCCAACAAUGCAUCCAUAUUCACUCCCAACGGAACCUCUCCAUUCGUGGAAGAGCAACCGUUCUCAACACACUUAUUUUCUCGAAACUCUGGCAUGUCAUGCGCAACUUUAUUUUCACCAAAGCUCAAUUACUUUCCUUACGCAGCCUUGGGUCCUCCUUCAUUAACUUUCGUAUCUUCCCCAAACUAUCCUUUAGAAUCCUUCAACAGCCUCGUCAUCAUGGCGGCCUCCAAGUUUUAGAUCCCAUUGUCCAACAACAAGCUCUCUAA